AUGAAAGAAGUUGUAUUUCAGAAUAUUUCCAAUAAUCUAACAGCUCCUUCUUUAUCUUUAAAGGGUUGGUAUUAUUUAUAUCAUUACGAUAAAGAAAUGAUUGAAGAAGAAUGGUAUGAAACUACUAGAAUGGUUCCGAAACACACCGAAAAAAAAAACGUAGAAAAAGUUUACUCACAUACUCACCCUUUUAUAAGAUAUUUUACCAGACAAAGUAUUAAAGGAGGAAGAGUUUCGGCAAAUCGAAAAUCAUUUGAAACGAAUAAAAUGAAUGAAAUUUGUAAUAUAUUAAAGGAAUAUAAUGCAAGUGACACUGAUAAUAUAAUUGAUUUAUUCAAAGUAUAUAGCGCUAGCACGAAAGAUAAAACGGAAGUUCAUACGAGACUUAAAAAAAUAAAAUGUACUAAACUAAUGGCCUUUGAUGCUAACGGUUUGUACGCUUCCGCCAUGUCGGAUUUAGAUAGCGAAUAUCCGAGAGCGGAAAGUGGUAGACCAUUUCUACCGGAAGAAAAUAAAGAAUUUGUCAAGAUCUUUAAUGAACAGAAAUUCAGACCUAGAACUGCUAUUUUAAAAGUGUGGUUUGAAUAUCCCAAAAACAUGUUCUUCCAACCCAUACCAGCUAAAGAUAAAAUCACUUUCACGAAUAAAGAAGGUAAAAAGGAAACUGGCACUAAAAUCAGAUUCAGAAAUGGUUUCUGUCACGACGUUUUAACAUCGGUCGAUAUUCAAGAAAUAGUGAAAGCCGGUGGACGAAUUAUUAAAAUAUUAGAUGGUAUAGUUUACGAAGAAAAUUUUAAAACUCCACCCUAUAGAGAUUAUAUUUUAAUUUUGAGAGAUCUAUGA